UGUCGUUUACGGAGCGAGGGAGUGCUGCCUCCUAUCUGACACAACAGCAACUCCAGUCUCAGACAGAACAUGUACCGGAUCGACCUCCAAGCAACCGAGAGCUUGAACGCAUAUGGAUGUUGGGAGUGAUGAACGAUGUGGUAAACCAGCAUUGAGCAUUUAUUUAACCAAUGCAGAACGGAUUACUGUGUGUGAAAUCUGUCUGCGAUUAAAAAAAAUGGGUAUCGACAGGAGACACCGAGCGUGCUUGGCUCUUACUCUCAACUUUGUUGCUCUCGUCUUCUGUGUCACCGCAUUCAGCACCAGCUACUGGUGUGAAGGGACCAGGAAAGUGGUGAAACCUUUCUGUAAAACCAACUUAAAGGAGAAGCAGAAUAACUGUAUCGAGUACAACAUCCCGGGCAGUAACGACAGCAGCGUAGUCCAGUACAGCUGGGAAAGCGGAGAUGACAAGUAUGUGAUCUGUUAUUUCCACGCCGGCAUCUGGUUCUCCUGCGAAGAAAAUAUCAGUGGACAAGGGGAGAAGUGCAGAAGUUUCAUUCAUCUGACGCCACCUGCUGAACGAGGUGUCCUCUGGUUGUCCAUUGUGGCUGAAAUCCUUUAUAUUCUCUUGCUGGUCAUUGGUCUCAGCCUCAUGUGUAUAGAGGUCUGCCACUACACAAAUGUGAUUGAUGGGUUAAAGCUGAACGCCUUUGCUGCUAUCUUUACAGUUCUAUCAGGUCUCCUGGGGAUGGUAGCCCACAUGAUGUAUACGACUGUGUUUCAGAUGACUGUCAACCUUGGCCCUGAAGAUUGGAGGCCGCAAACCUGGGAUUACGGGUGGUCAUACUGUCUAGCUUGGGGAUCAUUUACAUGCUGUAUGGCUGCAUCAGUGACUACAAUAAACACUUAUACAAAGACCAUCCUCGAGUUCAAGCACAAAAGGAAGAACUUGGAAAGAAGUCUAAAGACAACCCCAAAGCUGAUUGAGCAUGAAGUGCCAGCAGAACGAGUCUGGGAUCGGUAUAUUAGCUCGGUGCCAAGCUCAACGGAGGAGUUCCUCGACCUCUCCAGUAAUGGUCGCAAGAUGUCAAGUGGCUCCGUCUUUGCAGAUCUGAAUGACAUCUUGGAGGCGCAGGGUGAAGAAUACUGUUGACAUUCCCGGGGCUUCAUGUCCACUCCAUACAUCAUGUCAUCAAGAUAGA